AUGACCGAAGGCGAAUGGCCACCGACGGCGGGUAUCUCAACCCCUACAGUCUCGCUGCAAGAGAGCGUGUUCGCAAUAACAGGAUCGGCACGAAUUAAUGCGCCUGCUUCGUUCGUCUUUGCUACGCUGUUGGACACUUCUACCUACCCGAAAUGGUGUACCUUUGUUCCUAAAGUUGUGAUCAGUGAGCUGCCUUCUUCUGUGGCUCGGGAUCCCAGCGACGGAGCAGAGAGCAAGUCUGCUGAGCUGAGACUGGGUACCAAGUUCACCUUCUUCGCUGUAAUGGGAAACCCUGGUUCAAAACAGACACCCACACACCUCAUCAUCAGCGACGUGUCCACACCUUCAGAACCCUCUUCGUACAUUCCAUCCGCCACUCUUGAGGCGUCUCCAAUAUACACGACAGAUCUGUCAAAUGUGUAUCGUGUUGCUUGGAAGGGUGACAAGAUCGACUUCUUCGCCAAGGGACUCACCACGGAGCGCUUCCACGAGGUCAUCGUAAGAGGCGAGGGGGAAUGCGAAGUACGAACAUGGGAGGUCAUGGGCGGCAUGCUGGCGCACACUGUCAAAUGGCUUUAUCGGAAAACUCUAGAGCGAAAAUUUGAUGAAUGGUGUACUGAGCUGCGGACCUUCACUGAGAGGGAAUGGACACUAAGACAAAAAGAGGAGAUUGCCUAG